CUGCUGGGCGGACCGUGUGCCUGCUGUUUGUAUCUCGGUUUUUUUUGUUGUUGUAGCGUUUCUACUGAAAAUAAAGCGCAAUCAUUGUCUCGAAACGGCGCAUCUGUGUGUCCAGCAGCAGCUUUUAUCCGCCUGAUCUCCGCGCACCGUGGACUCGUUGCUCUUUGGCCGCCGAGGGAUUUUCAAUGCCCUGAAUUUCGCUGCGGGAUUGUGCUGAGAGCCGGUUGUGCAGGACCUUCUUCAGAGGCCACUUGGUGUCAUUUGAUCGUUUCUGGGAAUAAACUCUUGAGGAUUUUAUUAACGGGAAACAUGGAGUUCGACUGUUACCAGCACUAUUUUUUCAACGAUUUCGACACGGGGGAGGAUUUUUACAAGUCGACCGCACCAAGCGAGGACAUAUGGAAAAAGUUCGAGCUGCUGCCCACCCCUCCCAUGUCUCCCACCCGGACUCUGAGCGGCGGCGCGCUGCAGCUCUCGCCGGGGGACAAGCUGAGCUGGCUUUCCAAAGUCCUGGGUCAGGACGAGGAGUGCGAGGGGCAAUUCAUCCCCGACACGGGGGAGCUGUUCGGCAACCUCAGCUCCAUCAUCAUCCAGGACUGCAUGUGGAGCAGCUUCUCUGCCAGCAAGCAGCUGGAGAAGGUCAGCGGGAGAGUGGCAGCUGCGGCGCAGACCGGUGUCCCACCGGUGGCCCAGAUCUCCGUGAGACCGAGCAAGGCGCAGUGCGUCUCUCCCGGUGGCCCGCUCGCCAGCUCGGCGACAGACUGCGUCGACCCCGCGGCUGUUCUCACCAUCCCGGCGAGCAGCUGCAGGAAGCCGGCGUCGUCUGGCUCCGAGUCUCGCUCUGAUUCAUCUGAUGAUGAAGAGGAAAUCGAUGUGGUCACCGUGGAGAGCAAGCAGAACCGGGUGCGGCUGGUGAACGUCAGGAAGCCAGUGACCAUCACGGUCCGGGCCGACCCCUGCCCCAAACGCUUCCACAUGUCUGUCCACCGGCAGCAGCACAACUACGCUGCCCGCUCCCCGGACAGCGAGCCAGAACCCGAGGACGAAGAUGAUGAUGAUGAUGAUGACGAGGAGGAGGAGGAGGAGGAGGAUUCUGACGAAGAGCCUCAAAUCAAGCGCACCUGCACAUCGUCCAGCCAGCGCGGGGGCUGUUCGGCUCGGGUCUCCCAGCCCGCCUCCCCCUCAGAGACUCCCCAGAACUCUGACGCAGAGGACACGGACCGCAGACGGAACCACAACUUCCUCGAGAGGAAGAGGAGGAACGAUCUCCGGUCCCGCUUCCUCGCCCUGCGGGAUCAGAUCCCCGGCCUGGAGUCGGCCAAGACCCCGAAGGUGGCCAUCCUGACCCAUGCGACAGAGUACCUCGUGGAGCUGCACACCAAGGAGAAACGGCAGCUCCAGGAGAAGAAACACCUCAGAGCCCGACAGCAGCAGCUGCUGCGCAAAUUAUCCGAACUGAAACGCUCUUGAAGCGCAGACGAGCUUUUGAAAUGAACUGCCUCAUUCAGUCAGGAACGUUUGCUCUCGGGUGUCCUGUCACUUUUGAAGAGCUGCGGUUUUUCUAUAACAACAUGCCUCAUGUAAAUAGCUGUGAAUUUUGUUUGGAAUGCAUUGUAGCUGUGGGCCUCCUAUGAAUUGACUGUGCUGGCCAAUGAACCUGAUUCGGGGAGGUGCAGUCAGUGUGCUGUGUUUUGUUUUCACAGUGUUUUAGUUCUGGACGGGGUUAAUGGCAUUGAUUUUGUAGCAAUGACUUAAGAUAUUUCCUGGUAUGCUGUGUUGGGAAAUGAGGAAACCUGUCAGAGAACCAGUGUGAUAGUGAGUAUAUGUAUCCUUCGGGAUGUGUGUGGAAGUUGAUUGAGAUGUCUUCAUUUCAUCAUUGCACACUUAUAAUGGAGUGAAGUGUGAAUGCCUUUCUGUGUACAUAACUGUAUGAGUGAACGAGCCAGUUCCUGGUUCCUUUGGAUCGUUUGACUGAUGUACAAAUUGUUCUUUAAAUAAUAGCUUAUCGCUCCUGACGAAGGAGACAAAAUCCAGAGUUGUCAGCGAGCGUUGCUCCUCUUUAUGACGUGCCACCAGGCAUCGAGGAACCUCUAUUUUGUUAAGAAAACAGGAAAAUGGGCAAAAAAAGUAGCACUGCUGUACUUUAUAUUCACACGUCACUUUGUGAUUUCAAUGCUUCUGAUUUUGGUUGAUUUUUAAAGCAUGCUAACAUCGACAGCGACAUUAAAUUUUUAUACCAUA